CUAUAUUUUCCAGAAAAAUGGCAAUAUUAUCAACCCACGUGUGUCGUUGUAUGUUGGGUUUGUGUGGUAGGUUGCAGAGUAAGGUGGGUGUACCUGGUACCCGGGGUAUGUCCAGUAGGUUCCUAAAGGAGUCCACUGCAUUAAAACGACAAGCUCAAGUUGUGAAGCAAAUGGAUGUCACUGUUGAGAGAGAGCUGAAAAGGUUGGAGAAAAUGAAGAAAUCGAAAGAAAAGAAAAAUUUGAUUCUGGAAUUUCAUAAGAAGUCCGUCGUGCUCAAUCAGUCAUUCAAAAUGGAUCUAGGCUUAGUUCUGAGAAAGAUCUCUGCGUUGUCUGGACUCGGAAUGGUUUUGACAAAGGUGAAAACUGAUGAACAGUUCUCCUAUGUACACGUCUACUGGAGUGCUAAUACGGUGGAAAACGAAAGUGUGGUUGCCUCUGUUCUGAAUGAUAAUGAUUCUUUGCUCCGGACUUUAAUCAAGCAAAGGUUUGGAGAAAUACCCGAAACUUCCUUUAUCCAUGAUACCAACUAUAUACAAGGAGCUACUAUGGAUAAAUUAUUUAACAAAAUUAAGACGGAUUUAGACCUGGAUGCGCAAGAGUCAUGUCUCGAUAGAUUAUACACGCUCACCCUAGGUUAGUAGAUGAACCUAUUUCUAGAA